CCCGGCAGAAACCCGGAAGUGGAACUUUCAUCCAUUCAGCCUUUGGGUGAAGACGGAGGCGGGUUCUGGAGAGACGUACGCUGUCAGGGAGUGUUUGCUUCGCCUCCACUUCUGUUCCUCCCCGCCCUGAUGCUGCUCCGGGUCACAUACUCGGCCUAAGCCGGCUUCAGCCUCUCCACGCAGAAGUCUCCUGGAGCCAUGGCCGAGUACUCCUAUGUGAAGUCUACCAAGCUCGUGCUGAAGGGAACCAAGGCUAAGAGUAAGAAGAAAAAGAGCAAAGAGAAGAAGAGAAAAAGAGAAGAAGACGAAGCAACCCAGCUUGAUAUUGUUGGAAUCUGGUGGACAGUAAAAAACUUUGGUGAAAUUUCAGGAACCAUAGCCAUUGAAAUAGAUGAGGGAACCUAUAUACAUGCACUCGACAAUGGUCUUUUUACCCUGGGAGCUCCACACAAAGAAGUUGAUGAGGGCCCUAGUCCUCCAGAGCAGUUUGCUGCUAUCAAAUGAUCUGAUUCCAGAAUUGCCCUGAAAUCUGGCUAUGGAAAAUAUCUUGGUAUAAAUUCAGAUGGAUUUGUUGUUGGGCAUUCAGAUGCAAUUGGACCAAGAGAACAAUGGGAACCAGUCUUUCAAAAUGGGAAAAUGGCUUUAUUGGCCUCAAAUAGCUGCUUUAUUAGAUGCAAUGAAGCAGGAGACAUAGAAGCAAAAAGUAAAACAGCAGGAGAAGAAAUGAUCAAGAUUAGAUCCUGUGGUGAAAGAGAAACCAAGAAAAAAGAUGACAUUCCAGAAGAAGACAAAGGAAGUGUAAAACAAUGUGAAAUCAAUUAUUUAAAGAAAUUUCAGAGCUUCCAAGACCACAGACUUAAAAUAAGUAAAGAAGACAGUGAAAUUCUUAAAAAGGCUCGGAAAGAUGGAUUUUUGCAUGAGAUGCUUCUGGAUAGGAGAGCCAAAUUGAAAGCCAACAGAUACUGCAAGUGACUGGGAUUUUUGUUUCUGCCUUAUCUUUUUGUGUUUUUUUCUGUGUUUGGUUUUUUGUCCUCGCGAUAGUUGGCUGAGAAUGAUG